AUGGGGUCUGACAACGAUCUCGGCCUGUCAGCAGAGUUUGGCGGGGGCAAGGAGAGUGGUGAGGCUGUCAAGAUGGGUGGAAGAUGCUCCAAGUGUUCAAAGAAGGGACAUCAGGCUGCAGGGAGAUGUCCUCUCCUCAAGGCGCCGAGGCCUGUGGCUCAUGCUGCGGGUUACGCUGUGAUGGGUUUGGGAUUCUAUCAUGUCCCUCAUCUGCCAUUGCCGAGGGUGAAGAAGGAUUCCAAGAUGGCUCGAGUGUCAGUAGUUGGGGGUACUCUGUUAGGCGACCAACUGAUCAUGCAUCUAAAGAGGGUUGUGCCGGUUAAAUGGAAUUGGGAGCUAAAGGAUCUUGGAGAAGGUAAAUUUCUUACCCAGUUCCCUUCCAAGACCGAGCUACAACGUUCAAUUGCUUAUGGAGGGGCUGAUGCGAAGGGAGAGGGAGUGCCAGCUGGUACUCGGUUGCAGUUCGAGGAAUGGCAAGAAAAGCAAGAAGGUUUUUUGUUGCCUAAGGUCUGGGUGAGGGUGAGUGGGGUCCCUGUUGGGUUCGACUCAAACAAUGGACAUGGAGACCACACGGAAAAACGAGUUGGUCAAAUCUUGGUCGCUGUACUUGAUCCUAAGCUGAUUCCAAGGAAGUUGGAUGUAGUUAUUGGUGACCACUAUUUUGACUUCGAGUUCGAAGUUGAGAAGAGAGGUUUUGAUGAGAAUGGAGAGGAGGCUGACAUUGAGUGGGAUGGUGGAGAGGAUGAGGGGGAAGGAGAGGGGAAGAAGCAGGGUCCGAACAGCGAAAGUGGUCUUGAUGAUGACCAAUCAAACGAGAGGACUAACAAGCAUGCUAAAGGGAAUGAUGGGGGAGACAGUGGGGAGGGGAAAAGGAAUGAUUCUCAGUCUAAGAUGGAGGCUCCAGCUAAUAAGGGACACUUUUUGAGUGAAGAUGAGUUUCUGGAGUUUCUUAAUUGGAAGGGCAGCAAGGUGAUUGAGGUAGUUGUGGAUGAGGUUUUGAAGGAUGCAGCCACAAAGGUGAUGGAGGAGAAGGAGGGGUCCUGGGAGGGGGCUUCGGUGACACCUGAUUUCACUGGUGUCCUCUCUGCUGGGACAGAAGAAGAGGUGACACCUGAUUUCACUGGUGCAGGCGAUGGAGGUGGAAGAGGUGUAGCUGUAUCUCAGAUGGAAGAGUUGGAGAAAGUUCCAGAGGUGGGUGUGGAGGUGGAAGGAAAGGGAUGCUGCAUGACGGUGACCCAGGAUGGUCUUGCUGAUGCAAAGCUGGUGGGUGCUGCGAUGAUUCCAGAGGUCGUGCUCUCCCCAACCAGGAUGAGUCCGCGACUGGCUGGUGUGGCUGCUGAACACACUCUAGUGCGGGCAGAGCGUUUAGUGCAGUCCAGGAAUCUGGAGUGCAACAAAGGUAACAAAUCCACGGACCCCUCUUGUUUUUCAUCCAUUUCAAAGGCUGUGGAUAAUCUGCGGAUGUUAGGCUUAGGGGUGGGCAGUAAUAUUUGUACUUCUUUUGAAAUGAACGUCCAGAACUUAGUGGAAGGGGAUUUAGUUUGUAGAGGGUCUAGUUCUGUUCUGGGGACAGAGAAGGCGGAGUUUUCGGAUGUUGAUUCAGUUGAAUCAGAGGGUUUUGAGAGGAAAGCACUAGAAUUUUUGUGUCUGGAUCUAAUGGAAGAAAUCUUCGAUGAUGACAGUUAUCACCUAAUUAGUGAUCUUAAAACCAUUCAAAGGAAGCCCGGUGCUAAGUCGUCACGAAAGAGGGCUUCGAGAAAGAUGAAGAUAAGGAUUAACAAGAUUAGUGCGAAAUGA